ACAACAACUGCCACCACAUUCUCAGUCACCCUUGCAUCGAUUGAGUCAGUCCUCAGUGCAUCAGCAGGAGUAUCACAAGCAGCCUGGGUCUGCGCGGCGCAGAUAUGAUAUGGGGAUGAUAGACAUCAUCACUGGGGACAUGAGCGGCCUGAGAUGUUGUGGUGCAUGUUUUUUUUUGUUUAGUGCGCUGAUCUUGGUUGGUUGAUCUACGUCAUAUGCUUGGGACCUGUGUGCCCCAUCUUACCCAAUACUUCCUACACCAACAACACCAUAUUCCAGAGUGCGCUACCCACUCGGCCCGGCUAGCAUUGUCCUCCUGUCGCUCGUCGCGACUUCUGUUGCAUUUGAAGUUUUGAACAAUAUGACGUGAUGACGAGAGGUGCGUGCUUUUGUUCGUCCGUUUUUAUGAGUUUCCUGUUAUUUUGUACGAGUGUCCUUUGGACAGUAGUACCCGUUUCUUUCGUUCCCGUUUCAAUCAUUAAUGACAUGCUAUUCAUUUUUGUUCGCGUUGUGACACAUACCCCUCUUUGCCUCCCUUUCAUUCAAACGCACCUAACACGUCCCAUCAGUAACGAACAAACGCACGCAUCCCCCAUCUCCGCUCUCACUAUGGGUGAGAAUAUUGAAGAGCCACCACGCUCUUUUACUCAGUCCUUUCUGUAUUGUGAUUUUAGGCCGCGAGACGGUGCUGAAUGUGUGAGAUCUUUUCUUUUUGCCGACAUUCUUUCCCGAUAUCUUUUUUUCUUUUUCAGCGUGGUUUCCAGAAGCGCAGCAAAUCUCUGGGAUGUGCAAAAUAUUAAGGCCAAAUUCAGGUUGGCUACAUGUUCAAAAAUGCCUUUUACACAAACCCCACCUUGCAUUCGGUGGUUGGUCUUCACUCUGGUACCGUUAUCCUAGUCCUCCUGUCACAACCUCCGUUGCGUUUGAGCGGCAUGACAUGUUGGUGGGAGGUGCGUGGUUUCGUUUGUCUUUUUUUGGUUGCUGUGCAAUUAUUUGCCCGUAGUCCCAAUUUCAUUCCUUCAUGUGCUAUUGUUGUUUUAUUCGUUCUUCAUUGGGUGCGAAGAUGAUCUAUAUGUGUACGUAUAACCCUGCUCUCAACGAUCCCGACUCUCUCCAUCAUGUAGUCCCAGACG